AUGGAAACUAAAGUUCAUUUAUUUUGCCAGGGGGAAGAAAAUACUGAUUCAUCAGAUGAUGACUGUAAUUCUUUUGCAGCUGACUUAUUAUCAAGAGAUAUUGACAGCAAAAAGUACAUCAAGUUUUCUAAAAGAAUAGAGAAGAGAAUUUCACCUGAAAUUAGGGGUUUGAACCCAGAACACACAAAAAAGUAUGAAACAUCAAUGUUCCUACUCGGAGAGGAAAAAUCCUCUGACUUUUCAGGAGAAAAAAAAGGCAGGAGGAAGAAGAGUUUACAAGUACAAUUGCAUACUAGAAGAACUGAGGUUGCUCCUUUGUCUGUGAAGGAGAAGAUGACUAGAAAAGAAAGCUCUUUAUGCAAGUUGCCAAGUCAGUACAGCAUUCACAAGACUUUGUCACCUCUUGAUAAAUCUUCCUCAGUUAUUCGGAAAGAUGAAAAACUUUCUAACCUUUACCAGACACUAUAUGAUGAAGUACCUGAAGGAUGCUUUUACUCAGAAGAAUUAAGCGCACUUCAGAAAGCCUGUAAAAUUUUUAGUAAAAUUCGAGGUGGUAAGAUUUAUGUGAAUGAUCUGCCAAUGAUCCAUCGAAUCUUGAAGAUCUCUAUAAGUGACACAGAAAUGCGAAAGGCACUGAAGACUAUUGAUAUUGAUGCAUUUCAGAAUGCCUUGAAGAUUUUUCACAGGAUAAAAGGUGGUCAAGUUUCAGUUUCUGAAGUGGAUGAAGUGUUGGAUAGCAUGGAUAUCUUGGUAGUCCCUGAAACUUUGCAGGAAGUGGUAAAAUACGCUAAUAUCAACAGUAAUCAAAUGGUGGAUAUUGGAGAUAUUAUAUUUACUUUGGAUGAACUACAGCAAGAGUAUGAGAAUAUUUCAAUUAUGGAAGGAGCAGCCUCAGAUGAAGCUACUUCAAGAAAGUUAUCAAAUGUAUCAGGAUGCUAUCCACAAUAUAGGAAGAAAAGCAUUUUAGCUUCUGGACUGUCUGAAUCAUCAUUAUUCCAAAAAUUAAAUACAAAGAGCCUCCAAAAUCAUAAAAUUAUGAGUGAGAAUGAUGACUAUGAAUUUAAAAGACCAAAAAAUAUUUUGCAAAUAAGAAGAUUCCAGGAUGAGGUUGAUGGCGGUGAUAUAGAGUUCCAGGAACCAUAUUCAAAGGAUGACAUGAACUUUAAGAAAAGUUUAGAGAAAGUUGAAAUUCAUGACUCAAAGUCUAAACCACAAGACUUGAAGCAUGUUUCAGGCCUCAAAAAGACUCUGGAUAAAAGUGAUAUUUUUAGUAUCCCAAAACUUCAGAAGCCAGCUGUGAGAAGGAGCUCUAGCCUUCUAAAACAAGUUUCAUCUAAGGAAAAACCUGCAGUUAAUGCUCUGGGAAGUGUCUGUGAAACUAUCAAAAAACUCCAAGAAAAUUACAUUGAUGCAGAAGAACUUCAGUCCAUUUUGCCUUCAAUAGGAAUUACUUUAUCAGAUAAAGAGUUCAAGAAGAUUGUGACCGACACUGCUAGAAAUGAAAAUGGAAUGGUGAAAUUAGAUGACUUUGUGAGUGCUGUCUUUAAAGAGCAAACUCUUCCUGAAUAUGAUGUGUUGGCUGGUGUCAUUAAAGCUAUUGAUAAAAUUAAAGAUGAAAAUAUUGACUAUGGGGAUCUGAACACUUGUCUUCAAAAUUUAGGAGUUUACCUUUCUAAGCCAGAAUUUCAGAAGAUCACAGAGUUGACUGAAGUUGGUGAAACAAAAAAAGUGAAUUUUAAACAAUUUGUUGAUACUAUGAUGAGAAACACCCAACGCUUCUCUGAAAAAUUAGUAUUGCCUGAUACUAUUGAAAAUUUCCACAAUCUCAGCAAAGAAAAGAUGAGUGCCCCUGACCUGUGGAAUACUCUGUCUAAUUUGAACAAUAAUUUAAACAAAGAUGAAUUCCUAACUGCACUGAAAUUGGCAAAAGCUGAUGAAGGUGACAAAGUACAAAUUGAAGAAUUUGCAAAAGUGGUAAAGGAUAUGCAUGAUACCUCCAAGUUAGAAGAAUCAGAGGAGACUGUCUUAGCUGUUGAUUUGCCUGAAGAUGACAUGAUACCUGGGAAGAACUUGGAAGGUUUUCUAGGAGAUAUUGGAAUUAAGUCACCUAAAGAAGAGGUAGAGAAAAUCCUUCAGUCAGAUUUUGUUUCUGAAGACAACAUGGUUAAUGUUAAAGACUAUAUGAAGACUCUGAGUGACACCCAGAAAUUUUCCAAUUUUAUUGAUAUACACACUGCCCUCAAUACUGUCAGCUUGAUGAACCGCAACAGAAUUCAAGCUAAUGACUUAAAAGAUGCUUUUGAUGAACUCAGUGUUUCUGUAAAGCCUGAAGAACAUCAGAUGUUAGAGAAAACCCUUGACAUUGACGAAAAGGGGCAUGUUUCCCUGAAGUCUGCCCUAUUAGCAUUGAAGAGCAGUAAGCGUUUUCAAGAUUUUAGGGAGGUUAAUAAACUUGCAAAUGCCUUAGACAAAGUCACCAAUGAAAAAGUUUAUGUUGAUGAUAUACAAUCUAUACUGAGUGGCCUGGGGAUUUAUUUUCCAGAAGAAGAAUUACAAGAGAUGCUUUCAUCAGUUUCUGUUGAUAAUGAAGGAAAAGUGGACUUAAAAGAUUUCCUGAUUAGGUUGUCACAAACUCCAUAUUUUACAAAAGGUUCAAAACCAGUAAGUUUUUUGUACAUGCUUUUCUUUUUACAAGAUAAGAUUAUUGAUGUCAAUGAAGUGGGUACUCUUUUGCAAAACAUGGGGAUGAACUUUACAGAAAAAGAAAUUAGUAAUCUGACACACAAUCUACUAGGUGAUGGAAAAAAGGUUGAUGUUGAUGACCUUCCAAAUCUUCUUAGGAACAUGGGAACUGAGCUGACAGAUAAGGAAUGCUCAGAGCUGAGGAAAAUCCUACCAAUCAAUGGUGGGAUGAUUAAUGUCAAUGAUCUGAACAAAGUUCUUGGAAACAUGGGAAUUAAGCUCACAGAAAAAGAACAUGAAGUUCUGAUAGCUAAUCUUCCAGUUGAUGCUAAUGGAAAGAUUGUUCUCAAUAAGUUAAUGGAUGGAGUAAAAACUGUUAUAGGGGAGGACAUUGAUAUCUCUGACACAGAAGGCAUUCUGGAAAACAUGGGGAUACAAUUUUCAGAUAAGGAACACUUGGAGUUAUUGAAAAAGUUAUCAGUUGAUGGAGGGGAAAUUGAUGUUGGUAAACUGGACACAGUUCUGGGAAACAUGGGGAUGAAUCUCACAGAAAAGGAACUUAAAGAUCUGACACAGAGCCUGCAGACUGAUGUUGAUGAGAAAGUUGAUAUGAAAAAGGUAGUGGAUGAAGUGAAAGCAUUCACAGGUGAAAAUAUCAAUAUCAAUAACGUGGAAAAUGUGCUGAGUGAUAUGGGAAUUGAACUUCCAGAAACAGAAUAUACAAAGCCAAUGAAAGCACUGCCAGUUAGUGAUGAUGGAAAGGUGCAUACAAAGAGAGCACUAAAGGAUGUGAUGUCUUUCAGAAGAGGAAAAGGUGACAUCAGCAACUUGAGACCACUUCUAGAAAAAAUGGAUAUCAAACUCACUGAAAAAGAAUUUGAAUGGCUAAAUGAAAAUCUACCUGUUGAUGGUAAGAAAGUCAGUGUCAACAGCUUGAGUACUAUACUGGACAAUAUGGGAAUCAGGCUUACAGAUGAAGAGCUUAAGGAUCUGACUCAGAAUCUCCCUGUUGAUGUUGAUAAGAAGAUUUCUCUGGAAACAUUGAUGAAUAAAGUGAAAAAAUUUAAAGGAGAGAAGGUUGAUUCUAGUGACCUGAAAAGUAUCCUGGGAAACCUGGGGAUUGAGCUCACAGAUAAGGAAAAAGAAAAGCUGCUGGAAACACUGACAACUGAUGCUGCUGGAAAAAUUCAUCUCAGUAGAUUGCUGAAGGGUGUGAAGUCUCUCCAAGGGGGGAAGGUUCAUAUAAAUAACCUGGACAAUACUCUAGAAAGAUUUGGAAUUGAGCUCACAGAAGAGGAACUUGCAAAGUUGUCAGAAGACCUACAAAUUGAUGCUAAUGGGAAAGUUGAUCUGAAAGAGGUGAUGGAUGGAGUAAAAGCCACUACAGGAGAGGAAGUUGAUGUCAAUGACAUGGAAACAGUUCUAGGAAAUAUGGGAAUAGAGCUCACAGAUAAAGAACUGUCAGGACUGGUGAAUAAUCUGCCAGUUGAUAAGGGAAAGGUCUAUCGAAAUAGGUUGCUGAAUGGUAUAAAGUUUCUUAAAGGAGGGAAGAUUGACUCUAGUAAAGUAUACACUGUUUUGGAAAACAUGGGCAUGAACCUCACUGAAAAGGAACUCAAAGAUCUAACACAAAAUCUACCAGUUGAUGUUAAUGGUAAAGUUGAUCUGGAAAAGGUGAUGAAUGAAGUGAAACCUUUUUCAGGAGACAAAGUUGAUACUAGUAAACUUGAAAAUGUUUUGGGAAACUUGGGGAUUAAGCUCACAUCUAAUGAACGCUUGAAUUUGCUGGAGACAGUGCCAGUUAAUGCUGAUGGAAAAGUGUAUCAGAAAAGGUUGAUGAAGGGCAUAAAAUCUCUCAAACGAGGCAAUAUUGAUGUCAAUAAGCUGGACACUUUUUUAGAAAGCAUGGGAAUCAAGAUCACAGAAGAAGAAUUCAUGGAUUUGAUAGAAAAACUACCGUAUGAUGAUGAAGAGAAGAUCAAAGUAGAUACAGUGAUGAAAGAACUGAGUACUGUUCUAGGAAAGCAGAUAGAUGUCAGUGACCUAGAUAAAGCUCUGAAAGACAUGAAAGUAGAAGUCACAGAUAAGGAAUACUUGAAUUUAGUAAAAACUCUACCAGUUGAUGUUGAAGGAAAGGUGUUUCAAAACAGGUUGCUAGACAGUGUGAAGAAUCUUAAAAGAGGAAAGAUUGAUGUGAUUAACCUGGACACAUUUUUGGAAAAUAUGGGGAUUGAACUUUCACAUGAAGAGCUUGAAGAUUUUUCACAAAACCUGCCAGUUGAUGUGGAUGGGAAAGUUGAUCUAAAAAAUGUGACACUGAGAAUGAAAGACUUUACUGGACAAAAGAUUAAUGCCAGUGAUCUGAAAAAUGUUCUUGGAGUCAUGGGGAUAGAAGUCAAUGAUAAGGAAUGUCUGGAACUGCUAAAAUCACUGCCAGUUGAUGGUGAUAAGAAAGUUUUUCAGAAUAGACUGCUAGCAGCUUUGAAGUCUUUUAAAGGUGGAAAAGUUGAUGUCAAUAAUCUGAAUCCAGUUCUGAGGAGCCUGGGGAUCAAGCUCAGAAAUAAGGAACUUAAAAGUGUAGUGGAAAAGCAACCUAUUGAUGCUGGUGGAAAUGUUCCUCUGAAAAAAGUGAUGAGUGAUAUCAAGGCAGUUACAGGAGAAAAAAUUAAUGUAGAAGAUCUGAAAAAUAUUCUGGAAGGUCUCGGGAUAGAAUUCACACCUAAAGAAUACUUGGAGCUGGUGAAAAAUCUGCCAGUUGAUGAUGAUGGGAAUAUAUAUGAAAAUAGAUUGCUAGAUGGUGUGAAAUCUUUCAAUGGUGGGAAGGUUGAUGUCAGUAAUCUGGAAAAUGUUUUGGGAAACAUGAAAAUCAAUUUCCCAGAUAACAAGCUCAAAGAUUUGUCACAAAACCUACCAGUUGAUGUGUUUGGCAAGACUGAUCUGCCUAAACUGCUAAAAGAAAUAAAGAAAAUAACAGGAGAAAAACUUGAAGCCAAGGACAUACAGAAAACACUAAAAAACCUGGGGAUAGAGCUCACAAAUAGGGAAAUCUGGGAGCUGUUGAAAAUGUUGCCAUUUGCUGAUGAUAAAAAGGUAGAGAAAAAUGAUUUGCUCAGUCACAUCAAGACUUUUCCUGGUGGAAAGUGUCAUGUCUCUAAACUGGAAACUAUCCUAGAAAACUUGGGUUAUAACUUGGAGAAUGAGGAAGUUGAGGACCUGAGGAACCACCUGCCAGAUGAUGAUGAAAAGUUUAAACUAAAUACUCUCGUGCAAAAUGUUGAGUCAUUCAAAGGAGCCAAGAUUAAUGCUGAUGAAGUAGGUGGUGUUUUGAAAAACAUAGGGAUAGAACUCACACCUAAGGAACGCUGGAAGCUACUUAAAACUGUACCACUUACUUAUGACAAAAAGUACUAUCAAAAACGGUUGCUCCAGGGUUUAAAGACUUUCCAAGGAGGAAAUGUUUUAGAAAAUAAACUAGGAACCGCUUUGACAAACCUGAACUAUGAACUUGAAAAUAAAGAAUUAAAUGAUCUACGUAACUAUUUGGAAAUUGACGAUAGUGGAAAAGUUCCUCUGAACUCCUUGAUGAACAUAGCAAGUUUAUUUUCCGGUCAUAAGAUUAAUGCCAAGGACACAAAACUUUAUCUGGAAAAUAUAGGUAUUGAAUUAACAAAAAGCGAAAGUGAGAAGCUAUUGGACACACUGCCAUUGGAUGAAAAUCAAAUGGUGUAUAAAAACAGGUUGAUGGAUGGAGUGAAGAAAUACAGAGGAGGAAAGGUUAAUAUCAAUAAAAUAGAUGAUGCUCUUGAGAACAUGGGAUUCCCACUUGAUGAGGAAGACAUUGAGGAACUAUGCAGUCACCUGCCAAUUGAUGUUGAGAGGAAAGUUAAACUGGAUAGACUUCUAGAUGAAGUACAAGAACUUCUAGGGGAGGUACUCGACCAUAAGGAUCUGGGAAAUCUUCUGAAAGACAUAGGGUUAAGAAACCAACUGAAGGAGAAUUCUGUGUUGAGGAAAAUUUUGCCACUUGAUGCUGCCGGAAAGCUGUACAAACAUAAGCUGCUGGAUGGCAUAAAGUCUCUCAAAGGAGUGGAUCUUAAUGUUGAUAAGCUGGACUCCUUCCUGGAAAAUAUGGGCUUUAAGAUUGAAGAAGAAGAACAUAAAGACCUGCUAAACAACUUGCCCCUGGAUGAUGAGGGGAAAGUAGAUGUGACUGUGGUAAUGGAUGAAGGAAACUUUUUUACAGGUGAGAAAGUUGAUGCUAGUAACCUGGAAAAUUUUCUGGAAAAUAUGGGGAUAGAUCUCACAGAAGAUAAAGGCAUGGAACUACUGAACAAUCUUCCAGUUGAUGCCCAAAGAAGGGUGUAUAUGAACAGGUUAAUGAAAGAAUUGCAGUCUCUUGAAGGGACAAAGGUAUCUUCAGAUAAAGUGGACAUUUGCCUUAAAAACAUGGGAAUUGAUCUCACAGAGGAAGAAAUCCAGGAACUAAAGGACCACCUACCAGUUUACGAUAAUGAGAAGAUUGAUUUAAAUGUGUUGGUGGAUAAAGUUAAAAAUAUUACAGGAGAGAAGAUUCACACUGAGGACCUGAAAAAUGUUCUUAAAAACAUGGGAAUAGAGAUCACAAAUAAGGAACACAAAAAGCUUAUUAAAACUCUGCCCGUUUCUGCUGAUAAAAAGGUGUUUAAGAAAGAAUUACUGAGGGGUGUGAAGUCUUUCAAAGGAGGCAAGGUUACUGUCAGUGACCUAAGUAAUGUUCUACAAAACACUGGAUUCAACCUUGACGCAAAGGAAAUCCAGGACUUGCAAACCCACCUACCAAUUAUUGAAGAUGAAAAGGUUGGCUUGGAUGUGUUGAUGGAUGCAGCAAACACUUUUACAGGAGACAGGGUAGAAGCCAGUGACUUUAAAACUGUGCUGGGAAGCAUGGGACUCGAGCUCACUGAAAAAGAACAGUUUCUGCUGUCAAAAACUCUGCCAAUCUCUAGAGAUGGAAAGGUAUAUAAGAAAAGAUUACUGAGUAGUGUGAAACCUCUCAAAGGGAAAAAAAUCAGUGUCAAUAAACUGGACACUCUAAUGAAGAACAUGGGAAUUCAGCCUGAGAAAGAGGACUAUGAAGAUUUUCUGACCCAUCUGCCGGUUGAUGAGAAUCAAAUGGUUGAUUUGGCUGUGGCAAUGGAUGAUGCAAAAAAUUUCACUGGAGAGAAGGUUAAUGUCAGCGAUCUGGACAAUGUGAUGAGGAAAAUGGGGCUAGCACUCACUACUGAGGAGCAGAAGGAGCUGCUGAAAACUCUGCCAGUUCAUGCUGAUGGAAAAGUAUUUAAGAAUAGAUUGCUAAAAAGUGUGAAGGCCCUGAAAGCACCAAGGGUCAAAAUAAAAAAACUGGAAUCUUUUGUGGAAAACAUGGGAAUUAGACUCAAAGAUGAGGAACUUGAGGAACUAAUGACCCAACUGUCAGCUGAUGGUAAUAAUACAGUUGGUCUGAAUGAUUUGAUGGAUGCUAUCAGUUAUAUCAAGGGAGAGGUGAUUGAUAUCCCAGACUUAGACAACUUUCUAGCAAAUGAGGGGAUUGAGCUCAAUGAAGAAGAAAAGAAGAAACUGAUGCCUCAUUUGACAUUCAAUGAACAUGGGAAGGUUAAAGUUCAUUCAAUAAUGGAGGGCCUGAAGAAGAUUAAACGAAUGGGGUCUCUACAGAAAUUGAUGAAAAUCACAGAUGAUACCAAAGACAGAGUUACUGGCCACAUGGCAGUUUCUGAAACUAAAGCAAAAUUUAAACUGAAUCCUUUAACAAAAGUACCCAGCUUCCAAAGUAGGAGGGAUAAAGAUUUACCAGGACUUCUGCCAUGUCAAUUACAGCACAAAGAAAGGAAGUUGAGCCCUUCACAAAUGCGAGCUUUCCAAGAUGCCUACAAUUUCUUUAACAAGGAUAAAACUGGCUGUAUUGAUUUACAUGGAAUGAUGUGCACUUUAGCUAAGCUGGGAAUGAAUCUAAUGAAGCACGAUGUCUAUAAUGAAUUAAGAUGUGCUGAUAUUGAUCAGGAUGGGAAGGUGAACUUCUCAGACUUUUUAAAGGUGCUAACAGAUAAGAACCGCUUCCUUAAGGCUGUGGUUCCAGAAAAGGAGACCUGUUUAGAUUUAGUUGGCAACCCAGGAAUCCUGUUGUUUGAAAUCCUAUCAAAGCUUAUAGAGACUUCAGCCUUACCCAAAAAGGCAAUAUCGGAAAUAGUAAGCUAUUUCCGAAGAAAAUUCCAGGAAACCACCUCAGGAAUGGUGUGGAGCCCCGAUACUAUGGGUUAUGGAAAAAGGAGAUUUAAGCCAGACAUAUGCACACCUCCAAGCUCAAGCACAGCUGCCUUCGCUAAUGCUGCUCGGAUUGCAAUAAUGAAAGAAAAGGAUUUAUUUAAAUUUCUUGAUGAGCUCAAAAAGUGCAAUCCUCCUUCAGAUAGCCCAUACUCAAAAAUACCCAUCUUUCCACUGUUUCCUAAUGUGGAUGGAGUGGUAAUGGGAAAGCCAUUCAAAGACAUACAAAAGUUAGAAAUGCUGAAGAGAAAGGAGCCUCUGAAUUUCUUUGAGAACUAUUUUUUCCAUAAAAAAGACUGGAAAACACAGGCAGCAAAUAUAAAACCUGUUGACCCUACCUCAGGCUACCCAAGUGAUAUCCUCACCAUUGAUCAAAUACUCAAGAAAAAGCAGAAAUGGACAGUGGCUGAUGCAGCUGCUAUUAAACCACAUGUAAAGAGAGCUACAGACACCUAUAACUUGGGAAUUGCCCUUGAGCACCGGAAACAAAUGCUAAACCUCUGGCGGAAGAUUCGAGGAGAUUUGAUUGGAAUAGAGAGUAAAAAUGAGUCCUUUUAUGACACCUUUUCUACUUAUACAUGGUCCUGGAAUGUCUGCCAAGAAUUACUUUCCCCGAAGGACCUAAAGUUAUACGAUGCCCACGUGAACAGAAAUGCCUUCCACAACUCUGUAUUCUCGUCCUCUCCAGAUAUCAGUGAAUGUGACACAGACACAGGAAGGAAAAGAAAACGGAAAGGCUUCAAGGACUUUCGACAAUGA